UGACUAGAAGUGGGUAACUCGUGCGAAGGCAAAGGGGUUAGGUUUGUUAAUCAAAUGGUUCACUUUGGCUGUAAAAAAGUCUUGUUCUGGAGAGUAAGGCCCUGUAGCCAAAGGCCGUGCUGUACAGUAUAUGUGCCUCCCGGAAAGGGUCAUAUAACGGGGGUCGCAAACAUCAGCAACCGCUACUCUGCCUAUGCAAUCAUUGCUCUCGUUCUUUCUUCGAAGUGCAAUGAAGAUCAAAGACAAAACUCUCAUGCGCUCAAGCAAGGAGAUAUGGAGGCCAAAUUCGCCUCGAGGCUACAAUAGUUUUCGAGCCCACAGCGAUUCAUCACAGAACGACUUGCGUGUAUUAAGGGUUCCAAACGAGGUCUAUAGCUAUUACAAAGAUCUACAUUUUGGGGAACGACAGCGAGGCUUCAACAGCUCCAUUCUGAAUUCGUGGUCCAUCUUCGCCAACGCGAAGCGUUCUGACGCCAACGAAUCGCGCAGGAACCGCAGACCCUCCUCGGCCGUGAAUGCAUGGUAUGCGGCUAAUGUUGCCGUCUCGUCGAAGGUCGUGGUGAUAGUGGUAGUGGUGCUGAUGGUAAGAACAACAGACGAGACGGUAUCCUUCCAAGCCAAACCUGCCGCGACCCCGAUGAAGGGGGCGGCGGCAGGCGUGCUGACGGCCAAGAGUCCGUCCCCCCGGGUCACGAAGACGGCGCCGGCGGUCAGCAGGCUUGCCGCCGCCUCCCUCAUCGGGAUUACAGAACAUCCUUCCUUGAGCUUGUCUAACUUGGAGUACUUGGGCGGACCCGAUAGAAAUGCACGGUCCCCCUCGCUGGGUUUCAAUGCCACCGGUUUCGAUUGUCUUGCGAAUAAGAAUACCAGGGAACGCCCGUCCCGGUACGGCGAGAGAGAGAGCGUGGUUGCUAGGUAUGCUUCGGUGUAAAUACGCCCUCUUGCUGGGUCUCAGACAAUGACGGAUAUCCGCUGAUUGCAUCUGGGUCGGCGAUAAGCGAGGGGUCCAAGUCGACCACUACGCCACGCUUAUGCGCGCAGCCAUGACUCGGAAGUGACAUACAAAGGAACAGGACUCGAUGGCAUCUUCGCCACCUCUGCCAUUCCGCUUCGAGUACUUACUACUUUGGCUUUUCCUUUCGCCAUUGUGCUUGUUUGUUGAGGAUGGGGAGUGGGUGUUGGG